UGCACCCGACCUUGGCAUCAACUGUAAACGGCACAUUUUGCUUCCCAUCUACAAGAUACCUCGCACAUUACCAUGCCCAAAGGGUCCAGAAAGCCAAGCCGUCCUAAUAUAGGCCCAGACCCCCUUUGCAUCUCGCCCUACGCCCUUCACCGGUCUCCCGACGGUGCCAAUAUCCAUGGAUGCCCGCAUCUCGCCGCAGUGAAAACACCGCCUGCAUCCUCACAUUACCCUCCACAUCAUCUAUCCCCAGCUGCACAAGAACUAAUCAGUAAUUACCGUAGCUGCUUCCGAUAUGCACUGUCGUAUCGCAACCGUGGGCAUUUGCAUAUCAAUAGGAAGAAUAAAGAAUUUAAAGUUAUGUGCCGAUUGGAUGAUGAGGAGACACCUACAUCUGGUGGAAAGAAGAGGAAGAGAAGUUUGGGAUGGAUUGAUAAGGAAAUACAUUAUGUGGAGCAGCUUCCAAUGCCUAUUUGUGGUACAUGCAAUUCAACGUCCUCCACCGCGAGACUGCAUGCAUGUUUGGGAUGCGUCUAUAUCGGAUGUUAUCGCGGUGGACAUAUUCAGGAGCAUAUGAAUCAGACUGGGCAUACGUUGGCUAUGGACUGGUUGACAGGGAAUAUAUAUUGUUCCCAAUGCAAGAACUAUGUAUACGAUCUAGAUCUUGAGCGUGUACUCCAUUCGGAACAAGAGCGAAUGGAUAGAAUUAUAUCUAGAAUCAAAGAGCCAAAUGCCAAACGGCUUCGCUUUUUCGAUUGGACUCCUUCCACGCUGGAGGUGCAAACAAUACUGAGCGGAUCCAAGCUACAGAGAUGCUCUGGACUACGAGGCUGCCACAAUCUGGGAAAUACGUGCUUCAUGAACGCCAUUCUUCAAGCGAUGAUACACAAUCCAGUGCUCAGAUGCUAUUUCCUGAGCGACAGGCAUAACCGAAGCUUGUGCCCCAAACGGGACCAGCACUGUAUGGCAUGCCAGAUGGAUCUUGUGUUUCACGAGUUUUAUAGCGGGGAGACAAAACCAUAUGGUCCUGCGGCGUUUCUCAAUGCCAUGUGGAUGUCGCAAAAACAUAUGGCCGGAUAUUCACAACAGGACGCGCACGAAUUCUUCAUCUCGCUGGCGAAUGAAAUACAUAACAACUGUGCAGCCCAGGACAUGGAAGACCAGGAAUGCCGCUGUGUCAUACAUCAAACUUUCUCAGGAUUACUGCAAUCAGACGUAACCUGCUCAGCGUGCCAUAAUGUCUCCACAGCCUACGAUCCAAUCAUUGACAUGUCCCUCGAAGUAAAGCGGCGUCCGGGAUCAGGAAGGGUCACAAAUGGAACCGCAAAAAAAUCGGCUGCCAAACUUGCUGCAGCUGCUGCCGAAGUAGUGCAAGCAGUUCAUGCAUCUGAUGCGCGUAAUCGCAAGCCGAUGGCAAAUGGAGUGCAAGAGACUUCAGAAGCGAAAAAAGGCGCGAAGCACAAGAUGCAUGAUCCCCUUGAUACCUGUACGCUGGGGGAAUGUUUGGAGAGGUUCACUAUCCCAGAGAAACUCGAGUACAAUUGUAGUCACUGCAAGGAAAGCAAGGAAGCCACGAAGCAAAUUUCCAUUAAAAAGCUGCCACCAGUAUUGAGCAUCCAGCUAAAGCGUUUUGAGCAUUCAGCAAAGUCCUCGAGUUCUUCCAAGAUUGAGACUAUUGUCCGGGUACCAGCUGAGCUUGACAUGACUCCUUACACCACCCGAGCUAUGAAGCUUCGUCACAAGCUACGACCUGGUUCUGCAACUACUAAAAAGACGAGCAGAAACUUGGCAGAGUCUUCAAUGGAUGGCAUUCCCUCCUACAAAUAUUCUCUGUUCGCCGUCGUGAAUCAUACUGGUCGAUUGGAAACGGGACAUUAUACCACGUAUGCACGAGAGCGAGGACAGUGGUUCGCCUUUGACGAUCACAAUGUUACGAUUGCAAAUCAGUCUGAUGUCUCCGCAGGAACUGGAUACAUGUGCUUUUAUAUGCAAAAUGGUUAUCAUUAUCCUUCGACACCGACAUGAGCUAUAGAGAUAUACGGAAACGACGUGGCCUGGUGUGAAAUGUCAUGUUGUCAGAUUCGGGUUACUGGGGGACACGAGCAUGUCUUUGACUUUGUACAUUUGGUAAAUCCUAUUGGUUCAAAGAUGCCAGGCGUAUAUUCUUGAAUCUCCUUUGUUCUGACAUGAAUAACAAAGUAUCUGUCGAA